GCAAUUCUCCAGAAAUGCUAGCUCCGUUGGUUGUGUCACUGCCGUCACCUUCGCCGUCGACUACUGCGUUGCCGUCACCUUCGUCGUCGAUCACUGAGUUGCUGUCACCCCCGCCGUCGUCGGUGGAACUUCCAACGUACUCAAAUGCGCGCUCUGCAAAGAAGACAAAUAUAGAAAAAUUAAUGCAAAUGUAUGACGAAUUCAGCAAAUGCUACAAAGAAGCAGCUGCCGAGAAUAUAAAAAUGGGGGAAGAAAUAACGAAGGUCGAAAAGGAGAAGUUAGAGGUGUUAAAAAAGAUGCGCGACAAUAAUAAAAAAUUAACGGAAGGCGUUCUGGACUUUUUAAGCCGAUUAAAUUAACUUACACUGCCGGCAAAAAGUAUUGGCACAGCAAAUCUUUCACAAUAUAUGGAAACAAUUUUUUUCUAAUAU